AUGAGCGCUGUUACUGCUACUAGCACUACUAGUACUACCGGUUGCAACCCUCAGUUUGAGCUGUGUGAUCUGUGGACUGAUCCAGACAAGUCAGUGGGAGACAUCCUUCGAGGCACCGUGGCUCUGGUGCCUGCCGUCUUAGCUAUGGCUUCAGCUACAGCUACAGACGAAGAAGCGCACUUUAAAGCACGCAUCUCUCUCUAUGACUACAGCGACGCUACUACAUGUACUAGUAGUCAACCAACGGUUUCCUGCAGAGAGUUCUGGAGCCACCAUGGGCAAACCAAGGACGAUUCCGCAUCUUCUCUUGAUCACCCAUCAACUUUAGGGUUAGGGCUAAAUAGAGCUUCCACGCCACCUUGGAUCACCGUGGAUAUUCCUGCUCCACCGUGUCGAGGCAAGGACCAGAAUUCAGGAGGGGAGCGGACGGCUGAGACUGGGAGACCCUUGGGAAAGAUUGAUGUCUUUCAAGUACAACCGUUGGCUCUCAACCUAAUAGACAGAGGAGGCCUUAGCUUCAGCAGUCAGAGAAACAACGACCAGAAGACCCAGCACGAACAUACACUCCAAUGCCUGGCGCAGAGACUUGGACGAGUUGUCUCCAGUCGCUGGGUAAACCAGGAACAGCAAAAGGCACUCAAGAUCCUUCAAGACAAGGAGAGGCGUCUUGUUGAGUCGCAAGACCUAGCCAAGAUUGGACAGUGGGAACUAGACUUGACCAACAACGCUCUCUACUGGUCACACGGGGUAUUUGAUAUCUUUCGAGUUGACCCUAAACGAUUCGGGGCUUCCUACGAAGCCUUUCUAGACGCCAUUCAUCCCGAUGACCGAAAGUUUGUCGACGAUGCCUACACAAACUCACUCAAGUCCAAAAAGUCAUACAACAUCAUGCACCGAUUGCUGUUUCAAGGCAACGGAGAGGAACCAGAGAUCCGAUGGGUCAACGAAAUUUGUCGUACGGAGUAUCAUCCCAAGACGGGACUACCACUUUACUCGGUCGGCAUUGUACAAGAUAUCACAGAGCUAAAGCAAGCCCAAGAAAUGGAUAGACUCAAAACUGCAUUCUUGGCCAACAUGAGUCAUGAGAUUCGUACUCCCCUCAAUGCUGUCAUGGGCUACACGGAUCUGAUUCUCAUGGAACCAGAAGCUCUUAGCGAACGAAACAGGGACUAUCUCAAGACGAUUCGACAAAGUGGGGAACUGCUCAUGGCAGUCGUUAGUGAUAUUCUAGACAUUAGCAAGAUUGAAGCCGGACAGCUGCAAAUUGACGACAAACCCUAUUCCCCAAGCGAACUCUUGGCUUUGGUGGGGCAAAGUGCCAGUGUAUUUCAAGAAAAUUUCAUGCCAGGAAAAAAGGUCAAACUGGACUUCACCAACAACUCGACAUCCCAGCUUAUGGAUGUUAGCUGCGCAAGUCAGCAAACCCUCCUGGAUCACAGCAGUGGGGGUAAUUCCAUCUGCCAAACUGCCCAGGUCAUGGGCGACCCUGCACGAAUCCAACAAAUAUUGCUCAAUAUCGUUAACAAUGCUCUCAAAUUCACUGGCAUUCAGGGGAGCUCUAACGGGAAAGUCGAAUUUGGGGUGAAGUUGGUACAAGGGAAAGGAGGUUCAUCAUCGGGGAAGAUGAUGGAGUUUUCCGUUUCUGACAAUGGUGUUGGCAUCCCAGAAGAAAAACAACAGUCCAUCUUCGAAGCUUUCACUCAGGUGCAUCCCAGCCGAGAUUCACAUGAACUAGGAGGGACGGGACUCGGCUUGACGAUCUCGAAACGGCUCGUGGAGUUGAUGGGUGGCGAAAUGCAGCUGUGGUCCUCAACUCAUACCAUCCAUCAUGGCACCACCGUUUCCUUCACCUUGCCUUAUCGCCCUGUCAAUGAGGCCACAUCGUGUCAGCUACUGAAACACGACAAAUGCACCAUCCAGUCACCGCCCUCGCAUGCAAAUGCCGAGGAACAACUACGACAAUCCCUGACAACAACGUCGACUGCGACUGAGAGUGAGGCAAAACCUCCCGCAUCUGGUACCACCACCAGCAACGACACUACCAAGGAGUCCUCGGCAUCCUCAACAUCUGCUCCUGUUGGCAAGGUCCUCGUGGUGGACGACAAUCGUGUCAACCUGAAGCUAGCAGUUCGGAUGGUCAAUAAGCUGGGAUAUGAAACGGUCACAGCCAUGAAUGGGAAAGAAGCACUGUCUCAAUUUCAGUCGGAUCCGUUGGUCCAACUGAUUCUGAUGGACAAGGAAAUGCCUGUCAUGGAUGGUUUGGAAGCGGUGCAGGAGAUCCGAAAAAUCGAACGGGGAGUAGCAAGCAGCGAAGCUAGUACCGGUAAUAGGAGAAUACCCGUGGUGGCCCUCACAGCGGCUGCCUACAGAGAAGACGAAGAGGCUUGUCUUGCGGCUGGCUGUGACGCGUACUUGACCAAGCCGGUGAAACGAGAGGCCCUGCAAAAUAUGUUGGCAUCAUACUUGAAGGAUGGAUAG